AUCCACAUGCUGGCAGAGCCACGUAAGAAGGUUCGAUACUCGAAUAAUCCCUGCCUUAAAUCUGGCUUUGGUCGGCAAAUGCUGGAACGGUUGGGUUGGACUCCAGGAACUGGUUUGGGAAAGAACAAUGAUGGGAUUGAAAAACCGCUGAAGGCCUCAGCUAAGACAGAUCGUCGUGGUUUGGGAAAACAGAUAGACUAUGCGCUAGGCAGUAAUCAACAAUUGGACGAUUAUGCAAAGCUUUUGAAGUCACUUAACAAGUCUUAUUCGUCUGUGAAACAUUCGAGCUCUUCCACAUCAUUGGAAGAUAUUUCAGAGAAGAGCAGUAAUCGCUUGCACUACUCUAAAUUCGUCAGAGCCAAAGAUAUGUCAAAAUACGAUCCCAAAGCACUUAGAGUCAUACUGGGUGGCACAGACGAAGUAAAAGAUGAGACUAUCGACGUCCACUCCGAAAAGUUAUCCGAAACUGAGCGAACAACCGAAACUCCGGACUUCGGAGUCAAGACCAUUACAAGCACCAUGUCAAUGACCGAUUACUUCAAAAACAGAAUUUCCACCAUGAAGGCCAAAUUUGCUUCGCAAAAGAAGGACGAAAUGAACCCAGCUAUAAGCACCACUGAGACCAACAUCCCCACAGGAAAACGGAGACGCUCGCGUGGAAAAGAUGAUUCUGAGUCCAAAUUACUCACUACUUCCAAGAAAAAAUUAUCUGAGGAAGAAUCGAAGAUUGAUGCGACUGAGAAUGGCUCAGAUGAGUCUAAUAGUGAUCACGUAUGUAAGAUGGAAGAGGACUCCAAUAAGAGACGAAAGCUAGCGCAAGGUAAGUGUCUCCGUUUUUUUGUGGUGACAUUUCUUUCAGCUUCAACUGCCGAAAACCAAGAAAAUCACAUUAAGCAAAGUAAGCAUUGUUACUGGAUGCAACUGUAA